AAACGCUCGUCCUAGGGUUUACCCUGCUCCGCCUCCAAGCACCCGACCACCUCCGCUUGGCGCCGCCACCCCCCACCAGGUAAGGGAGGAGGAGGAGCGGGAAGAUGUCGCACAGGAAGUUCGAGCACCCGAGGCACGGGUCCCUCGGCUUCCUCCCGAGGAAGCGCUCGUCCCGCCACCGCGGCAAGGUGAAGUCAUUCCCCAGGGAUGACAGCUCCAAACCAUGCCACCUCACUGCCUUUGUUGGUUACAAGGCUGGAAUGACGCACAUUGUGCGUGAGGUCGAAAAGCCUGGUUCCAAGCUCCACAAGAAGGAGACCUGUGAGGCUGUUACCAUCAUUGAGACACCUCCUCUUGUUGUUGUUGGACUUGUGGCUUAUGUGAAGACUCCCCGUGGCCUGCGCAGUCUCAACUCUGUCUGGGCUCAGCAUCUUAGUGAAGAAGUAAGGAGGAGGUUCUACAAGAACUGGUGCAAGAGCAAGAAGAAGGCUUUCACCAAGUAUGCUCUUAAGUAUGACAGUGAUGCUGGCAAGAAGGAAAUCCAGCUGCAGCUUGAGAAGAUGAAGAAAUAUGCUUCUGUUGUCCGUGUUAUCGUGCACACACAGAUUAGGAAGAUGAAGGGCUUAAAGCAGAAGAAGGCUCACCUCAUGGAGAUCCAAAUCAAUGGUGGCACCAUUGCCGAUAAGGUGGACUAUGGCUACAAGUUCUUUGAGAAGGAAGUCCCAGUUGAUUCUGUGUUCCAGAAGGAUGAGAUGAUUGACAUCAUUGGUGUCACCAAGGGUAAGGGUUAUGAAGGUGUUGUCACACGUUGGGGUGUCACUCGCCUUCCCCGCAAGACCCACAGGGGUCUCCGCAAGGUUGCCUGUAUUGGUGCCUGGCAUCCUGCUAGGGUUUCCUACACUGUUGCUCGUGCUGGUCAGAAUGGAUACCACCACCGUACUGAGAUGAACAAGAAAGUUUACAAGAUCGGCAAGGCUGGCCAGGAAAGCCAUGCUGCCUGCACUGAAUUUGACAGGACUGAGAAGGACAUCACUCCGAUGGGUGGCUUCCCUCACUAUGGUGUUGUGAAGGGCGACUACCUCAUGAUCAAGGGUUGCUGCGUCGGCCCCAAGAAGAGGGUCGUCACCCUCCGCCAGUCCCUGCUGAAGCAGACAUCUCGUUUGGCACUCGAGGAGAUCAAGCUCAAGUUCAUCGACACCUCGUCCAAGUUCGGGCACGGUCGCUUCCAGACCACCGACGAGAAGCAGAGGUUCUUCGGCAAGCUCAAGGCUUAGUUUGCUGUUCCUCAGCAAAAGCCAGAAUUUGUCAAAACGAUCGUCACUCUAUACUGUGUUCUCUUCUCUUCUCUUUUCCGGUAUUAAGUUUUGUAGCGGAUUUUUCCGGACCUGUUUAUCUAUGAAUUCGUGCACUCUUCUGCCGUGUCCACCAUUAACUAACGUUGAACCAAAUGAAUUAAAUCUGGUAAUGCAGUUUUGCUU